UAGCUCUCGGUUUUGUUCUCUGCCUGUCUGUUUUGAUCCUGGCUUACGACAUGGAUUCGGACUCCUUGCAGGAUCAGUACGAAAGGGAGCAGUUUGAAUUAAGAAAAAAAAUUUGUCUCCAAGGUCCAGAGUAUGGGAAAUGCAAAGGUCGCCGGACAUUGUGGUACUACAAUACCAACAAAUCAAAGUGUCAAACUUUUACCUAUUCCAAUUGUGGUGGCAAUGGCAAUCUAUUUUAUACUUACGAAAGUUGCAAGGAGUUCUGCGGUAAAUACAACUGGAAGAAGGGUCGUCCAGUCGCACGUCGACGUAUGGCUGUUCCUAAAAGCAAGGAACUUGAUUCCAUUCCAAGUUAAAAAUUAAUUCUUUUUUAUGUAAAUACCUAAAAAUAUUAACUUAUAAUAUUAAAUUAUAUUAAAAGAAAUUGUGAACUUGAUGAUCA